AUGCGCAAUUGUUUCUUGUUUUUCGGGUCAAGUAAACCCCAAGUAAAGUCCGAAAACGAUCGUCGGAAACCCUUGGUGAUCAUCAAGGAUAACGAUUAUGAUACAGCCGCCGCCGGCGACGAGGUACACAAUCCGACGGCGGCGAUGGCUUUAAUUCUGCAAUCGUGGCUCAGUGGUCACAGGUUACGUUACCUGAUUCUCCUUCUCUGUUCUCCUUUACUUAUCCCUUUCAUUUGCGCUAUGUUUCCCUUCCUUUGCGCCGCUGAGGUCUUCGUCCGUCUCUGCCGCCGCCGUCGUCGGUCGAAACCGGCUCCUCCUCAAAGUCCACUGCCGCCAUCGCUGCCGCCGUUACGGCGGCGUGAGAACGAUGUAGAAGGCGGAAGCCAGGUAAAAUCGGAUUUUAGUUUGUUAGAUAGGUAUCUGAAUGAUCAAUUAGAGCUUGCUAUUGAGAUUUUAAAUGAAUGUGGAGGGGAUUUAACAUAUGGGUAUGAUUAUAUCGAUGAUUUUGAUCGUAAUCGGAGUAAUUUGUGUUAA